AGCUCAGACCAAGAGUACCAGUGUGUUCUCUCUUUCUUUGUGAACUCAUUUGCAAACUUUCUCUACCCUUUACACUUCUCUUAAUCCAAAUCUUUAACCUAAAGAUUUACUUUGAUAUACUGAUUCGAUCCUUUAUCUCUUACAUUCUCUCAGUUCAAGAACUUCCUUCAAUAGUACUCAAAGAAGCAUAGAAUGGGAGUUGCAGGCACUGUGGAAUACUUAUCUGACUUACUAAGCAGUGUCAAAAAACGCAAGAAAAAGAAGCAAAUUCAAACUGUAGCACUCAAAAUCAGAAUGGACUGUGAAGGCUGUGCCCGUAAAGUCAAGAAUGUCCUCUCCGGCGUUAAAGGAGCUAAAUCAGUGGAUAUAGACUUGAAGCAGCAGAAGGCGACGGUGACUGGUUAUGUAGAACCAAAAAAAGUAUUAAAGGCAGCUCAAUCAACAAAAAAGAAGGUAGAGAUGUGGCCUUAUGUCCCUUACACUUUAGUAGCAAAUCCAUAUGUUUCUCAGGCUUAUGACAAGAAAGCACCUGCAAAUCAUGUCAGAGCUGUUCCAGUCACCGCCACCAUCACCGAAUCCACCGUAGACGAUCGGUAUACGAACAUGUUCAGUGAUGAAAACCCAAAUGCUUGCUCCAUCAUGUAGUUAUCAAUAAUUAAGCAUGAUAUAUUGUAUAGUAAAUUAAAAAGAUUUAAUACAUAUAUGUAAUCCACGGUUUUGUCGAUGUAAUCAGAUGAUAAUGGUUUUUUUCCCCUAAAAAAAAUGUUGUUUAAUUGUUUGUGGUAGACAUGGAGGUUCAGAUUUGGCUAAUGUUAUUGAUAAUGAAAUAAUGUGGGUUUCAACCGACAGCUAUGCUUGUCUAUAAA